CAAAUAGGCGAUUAGCUGUUAAUCUUUCAUAUAAAAUCUCAGCAAUGACUUGAAGAAAAUUUCGGAAUUUCAUUUUAUGGAAAUGGCCAAAAUACAUCACAUGAACCCAAUGGCCACGUCUAAGCACUGGUCAGACCUGCGGACGGAUGACGACAUCCAAUCUGCUGUGUCCACCUUCCUUGAGGAUGAAUCACAUAACCUAAGUGGUAAGACGCUACAUGAAAGCAUUGUGGAGGUUUCCAGGUGGCUCGGGACGCAGAUCCAGAAAGAACGGGAAGGUUGGGCCUAUAAGAUACGUAUGGCUAUGCAGGAAAUAGAAAACCAUCGCCGCGAGACAUUAAAAAUCCACAGUGUAAUCCAGGAAUGCACCAAUCAGCUGAGAUUGAUUGCUGAAUGCUGCAACAUGGACGAAGACAUCCUGGUGAAAAUCUCGCAGGAGGACACAAAGCGGGCCCUUCCUCUAUACAUUGAGUGUUUGGCCGAGUUGAUAAACACCUUAGUGGAGGACCGGUUACAAUGUCUGCAGCUCCUCAAACUGAGCGAGGCCGAUAUUGAUGGCCAAACAGUGUUUAGUAUGUUAAGUUUGCACUUGCAAAGGCUCGAGUUCAGCAAUAGCCAAACACAAAAAGAACGGGACGAUCAUGUGAUGAAACUGGAGCGUGAAAACACACAGCUCAUGUCCGAACUAAACCGUCUCAAAAAACAGUUUAACAAGAUGCAGGAGGACCAUAAGAAAUUACAGAUAAUAUUUCAGGCUGUUCAGCAGGACGAUCUGCAGGAAACAUCACAAUCCACUGCCAAAGAUGGCAGGGCAUCGCCAGUAAGUUUAGCAGCAGUGGUUAAAGGUGAUUUCAACGGC